CCUACUCUAUGCGCAUUAACCCCACUUUCAAUCGUCAAUAUUUUGAAUUUCACUUUUUAGUUUUGUAUUUGUACAAGAUUUAUAUUGAAGAUGUACAAAUUAGGCGCAUUACACACUAUCAAACCUACGGGAGCUGUACACAAUGCAUCUGUUAUAUUCUUACAUGGUUCUGGUGAUACUGGCAAAGGCGUUUUGGACUGGGUGAAGUUCCUACAUAAAAACUUCUCUUCGCCUCAUAUCAAAUUUUUAUUUCCCACUGCCCCAACAAGACCGUACACUUUUAUAGGAGGUGAGCCAAGCACAGUUUGGUUUGAUAGAUAUAAGCUGACUCCAGAAGUCCCGGAACAUGAGGAAAGUAUAAGUAUGAUUCAGACGGAAAUAAAAAAGAUCAUUGAUGAGGAAAUUAAGUCGGGAGUUCCACUGAGUAGGAUAGUGAUCGGAGGUUUCUCGAUGGGAGGAGCUCUUUCCUUACAUUUGGCUUAUAGAUUCAUUCCAGGACUAGCCGGAGUGUUUGCGUUGUCAUCUUUUUUGAAUAACGGAUCUGCAGUAUAUAACAAUAUCAAAUCUAUAGACACACCACUUUUCAUGUGUCAUGGUGACAAAGAUGAAAUGGUUCCACUACAAUGGGGAAAAGAUACAUUUGAUCAACUGACUCAACUUGGUGUGAAGGGAGAAUUCAUGAAAUUGCCGAAUACUUUCCACGAACUUAAAUCUAAGGAAAUUGAGAGGUUACUCAAGUGGAUUGAGAUGAGGUUGCCUCCAACUGUAAAAAAUUAAACUAAAAAGUUUUGAUUGAAUAUAUUUACAAUAUAAUGGGGAUACACAUACAUACAUAAGUACACGGUGAAAAGACUUAAUAAAUCAUUCUUUUUGGUUUUCCAACAAGAA